AUGGAAUCAGCAACUUCACCAACACCAUCAACGGUUUCAACAAAAAGUAAAUCAGGUCGGGUUGAUUGGAAACGUUUCACCGAUCCGAACAAACGAAAGUUAAAUCCAACUAAAAUCGCACAGAUUAUAGUGGACAAACGCAAUCGACCGGAAUCAGAAGAGAACCGUCCACCAUCUGGAAGACAAAGCGAAUCAAAACGAGGACGGAAUGAAGGCAGUGGCAGUAAUCGUUCAUCAUUGGUCAAUCUCUCCUCAUCAACCGCGAAUGCUUCACGUCGUACAACUACUAACCCAUCAAAUACAAACCCGAAGGAUUCCGGAGAUCCACCUCGACUAUCCGGUCAAUUGCGAGUAAAAAAGAUCGCAGCUGCUAUGAAUGCCACGACGAAAAAGAACAUUCCAAUUGUUAAAGAAGAAACCGAAGAUCAAGUUGGACAGGGAACUUCGUUACACAAACGAUUGAUCGAUCGAGAAAAUCCCUUACUUGAAACGAAUGAAGUCGAAAUACACAAUGGAGAAAUUUGGUUACGAGGUAAUUUCUCUUUGAUUAGUUUGAAUUUAUCAAAAAAUUAUUUGACCAUCGAUACGGUGAAAGAAUUUCUACUGUCAAUUCAACACCAAUCUGUUUUAUCUCAUUUUAACGAGAUUUCCAAUCUAUCUUCAUCAGUAACAAUGGCAUCAUUAAUGGAUUUCUCCGGUCUUUGUCGAUUAGAACUAAAAGAUAUGAGUGAUAUUUCAACAAAAUCAGCUGAAUAUCAAUCAUUAGAAGCAAUUCUCAGUCAGAAGAAUCCCACGGCUCGUUUUCAACAAUAUAAAGAACGCGAAGCAAAAGAGUUACAGGAAACACAAUCAGUUCAACAAUCCCAACAGCUUUAUCCAGUCGCACCCGAAAAACCAGCUACAAUAAGCGACAAAACACGAACGACUGGCAAAUCUACGGCUCAACGAUUGGCAUCUCGACCGAAGGAAUGA